AUGUAUCCUUGGGGCAACGCUCGCGGAGGUACUCCCUGGGGAGGAGUCGGGAGUUGGGAAACCCAGAAGAGUCCGGAAGAAGAAGAGAGCGAAAGAACUCUUAACGCAAUCAGGGACGCGUUUAAAAACGAUGAUCGUUUUACGUGCGAAAGACCACUCGGAGAUAUUCAUAACGGCGCAGCGAUGAUUAUCAAGGAAGAGUAUACCGUGGAAGGACAACCAAGAGUACGAAGAUUUGUUGUUAAAGCUGGAAUCACCGGCGCCCAUCAUAGCGUGAGAAAGGAGACGCGGUACUUAAAUAGUCUAGCCCUCGCAGAGCACAUACCUCGUAUUAUCUCAUUCCAAGACCAUCCACUUAUGAACCUUGGGGUUCCCCUUUUCGUCUCUGAGUAUAUGGAGCACGGGACUUUAAACCGAUUCCAGGAGAGAUUAAGAAGAGCAGACCAAAUCUUACCGAAUCGUAUUCUAUGGUCUAUAUUCCUCUGCUUAAUACGUGCAUGUAUAGGAAUGGCCUGGCCUCCACCCGGUCCAGAUGUAGGGCCAGAGCAAACUAGAUCAGGCGAUCCGACGACACUCGCACAUAACGAUAUGCAUGACGAAAACCUUGUCUUUGGAGACCUAGACUCGAGCGACCAUUCCCUCGUGCCGGUAUUGAAACUAAUCGACUUUGGUGAGUCGGUUGAGUUACCUGCAGGGGCUGAUGAAUCCCGUUUAAACGAGAACAAUGUUAACCAGCACGAUAGGGUACUGAAUUUAGAAGCAUAUCGACUAGACAGAUAUAGCAGGCGUAAUCGGGGCACAGACAAGAACAUAUUAGACGUAGGAGUUAAUAUGAGCCAAAUAAUUGCUCAACGUGGGGAAGUUUUCCCUAACGGAGCUCGUGCAUUAAUCCGGGACCCCAACGUCCAUCCCAGCCUGGAUCCAGACCUUCGGUUGCUAGUCCAAAGGUGUGUUGCUGUUGACCCUCUCAAUAGACCAACGUUGGAUGAGCUGAUGGAAUUGAUUAACAACUCCUACUUUAACAGGCCCGCAAGUCACUAUGGCGCCGCUGGGGAGGGGGAUGGGCUCGAAUCCGACGAAACUAUAAGGAAAAUUGUUUCCACGUACAUUUUGAGCGGGGAUACAUCGUGA